AUGUGGCUGAAGAUCUUACUUUUCCUUGGCAUUGUGGUCUGUAGCUUUUCUGCUCCCACUCGCUCACCCGCCCCUGUCACCCAGCCCUGGAAUCAUGUCAAUGCCAUCCAAGAAGCCCUGGUCCUCCUGGAUAACACGCCUGACAUGGAGGUGAGUGAGGGAGAGAGAGACGAAGAUGUAGAAAUUGUCUCUGAAGAGUUCUCUGUCCAGAAAUGUGUGCAGGAACGCCUGCAGUUAUAUGAGAAGGGCCUACGGGGCAACCUCACCAAACUCAAGGGCACCUUGAAAAUGAUAGCCAGCCACUACCAGAACUGCUCCACAAUCCUGAGAAGUGACUGUAAGACACACAUCACCACAUAUGACGACUUCGUAGACAACCUCAAAGACUUUCUGGCCACCAUUCCCUUUGACUGCUGGAAGCCAGUCCAGAAAUGAGGCGGCCCAGGGCAGCUCGGAUCCAACCUCUCAGAUUGCAGCUUUUGCUCCUGUAACAUGAGCCAGGAAAGCAGGAGUUCUGCCUCGAAGGGACCAAGGACGGGCCACAGCGACAUCGGGGGGCAGUACAGACCUU